AUGCGUUUCCACACUGUCGCCCUUUUGACCGGCGCUACUGCCGUUGCAGCGGGUAACAAUGCGAAUCUUCUGCUUCCUGGCUUCGAGGGUCAUGAUCUGCAAGCUGGUGUUCUGAACAAGGAUGCGGAUGCGACCACUUACCUGGUCACUUGCCCUUCUACUGUGGCCUCCGCUGCUUGCGGAAUCCCCGGUAGCGGUAUGACCGCGAUCGCAGCUCCCACCUCUGCCCAGCUGAUCCAUGUCAACGAUGGAAACACUGCAUCUCUGUCUUGCAAUGUCGCAGGUACCACUUACGCCUCUUGCUACGCGACAUACGGCACCGCCACCGCGCACCAGACCCUGACUGGUACCAACCUUAACUGGAUGGCCGUCACUGUGACAACUAGCAGCACUCCCACCCCUACUCCCACGUUGACUUCCACUACCUCGACUUCGACCUCGACUUCCACUUCAACCCACACCACUGUUAGCCCGACUUCGACUUCGACUUCGACUUUCACCCCAUCUUCCACCUCGACCCCGGUCUGGACUCCUAAGAAGUCCCCCAAGUCUUCUUCGCGCGUCGCAACCUCCACCCCUCUGGUGACUAGCGCUCCUACUGCUACUGGUAGCUCAGUGCCAGGCUCGGCUACCCAGUCUGCGGCAGUUACUACUCCCGCCACUGCUGGCGCUGGAACCCUGGCACGUAACGGCUGGGUUCUUGGUGGUGCCCUGGCUCUGGCUUACGCUUUCGCAUAA